UGGGAAUUAUGAUGUCACAUGUUACAAAAACUUGUUAGUCUGGAUAGAGAUUUAUAGAAAAUUUUGAUACAUUAAUAAUUUACAAAUUAUUUAAUUGGUAGGGCUCGUUUGGAAGAAUGGCUUACCGCAAAAAAUAAGACACCGCACACGGUCAAAAGAAAUGUACGGAGAGAAACAUUUGAUGUUGUCAGACUCAGUUCAGAACUAGAGCAAUGUGUUCAAGUGGAUGAGGAUGCCCGUUUGGAAAGAAGUGAAGUGGACGUGAAUUGCGCCCUCGAUGAAUGCCUUCACAGCUGUCUUGGUUUCAUGAACGAGAUAAAGAAUGAAAACAAAGUUGGUGAUUGGCUAGAAGAGCUACAUGAACGCUGCCCUCAAGUAAGAAGUAGAGCUUUGUUUUGGGUUUGUCGAGCUAAAGUCGCUGAGAGGGCUGGUUUUGGUCAGCAGCAUGUCCUCGCUUUGUAUGAACAAGCAAUUGAGCACAAAGCAAAGCCCACUGACAUUUUGAAAUCAGCGUUACAAGAUUUCACAAUCAGAUACUCACAAAGAAUGGACACUACACCCUGUGCAACUCCAAAACUACUUCUAGCCACACCUGGGCCAGUGUCGUCAAGCACCCUAAAAUACUGCCCCACCCCCAAGGUGGAGGAGGGUACAUCAUCUGUGGUCCGUUACUCUCUCGUUAAAUCCACGCCCAUUGUAAACCGAUUGAACAAAAGCAUGGAUGGCAGUUCUCAACGGUUUUUAGUGACGCCUGUCCGACGUUCCAUACGGCUUGAGAAGAUCGCUAGUAGAGGUCAUAGUACUAGUCGGGGGAUUAACCUAUGCAUUUCCUCCCUACAAGAUCUACCAGCGGAUAUGGAAAAUCUGGUAAUGAAGCCUAAUAGAGCUUUAGAGGAGGAAUUCAUGGGCACAAUAGAUGAAUAAGAUGAGAAUUUAUUAUUUUUAUUUUGUUUUUCAUUAUUUGAUCAAACAAUAUAUGAUAAGUGUGCCUACCUUCAAUACAAAUUUGUUCAUACAAAUCAUAUAUCUUUCAAUAUCUGAAAAUCAGACAAUUAAUGCUCUACUUCAUCAGAUAAAAUCUGACAAAAAUAUAAUUUAUACAUUCUAGUUUGAUAACCUUAUUGGUCCUUCAAUUUCAUAAAAGUGGCACCCACCAUUUACAAAAUCAACAUGAAAAAUACAGCACACACAUUAUUUUAAUCAAAUAAAGUAAUUUACUUUGGCUAUUACAAAUUUAUGCUAUAGAAUAUUUGUUAAUAUUGAAUAAAAAAAACCCAUGCUUGUUUACAUUGUUUCUAAUGUAUAAAAUUAUGGAAAAAUUUAAAAAAUAUAUUGCCAUAUACUGUAGUAACUUAAGGGGACUCUAAUCACUUAGCUAAUCAAAAAACCCUAACUUAACCCAUUAAUUAAUGGAUGCUUAAAGCCUCAUUACCGGCAGAAUUUCACUAAAAAUGCAUAUGCAUUACUUUAAUUAUUAUAAACCAUGGAAAGAUAUUGGCACAAAUUUUAGUUUUUACGCAAAAGAAUUUAAAAAAAAGAGAGAAAUACAGGCUAUUUCUCAUCGGAGAUUACCAUUUUCUCAACAAAUUCUUCGUUACUAGGCAAAUUCAGAGGUUGUAGAUCGCAUUAGCUGGAAUGCUCUCACUUUGAUGUAUACUUUUUACAGUCAAUAAACUGCGCCCUCUCUAAUGAGAUUAGUUUUUGUACCUCGCAAACUGCGGUCAAUCGAGUAGGCCUGAGAUAUGUUUGUGUAUAUGUCAAAAUCUCGGUCAAAAUCAUUUUUUAACACAUUUGAAAUAA